UCACCAGGAAUCUUCUUAUCUUAUAAGGUCAUUUUGAAAUAUGCUAUAAUUAUUCAGGUUAAAAAUUCAGUUUAAGACAAACUGAUAAAGAUGGCAUCUAUUUUGGUAUUUUCAGCUUUUGUUUGUCUUUUACCUUCAGCAGCUUGUGGGCUUGAGAAAGGAGAGGUAGCUUAUAAAGUCUGGAAGAUUUCUGAUGACGUGAACAGAUUCUAUGUCACUGAUGGUAGUGUGGUUGUAAAAGCAACAACAUCAAAGUCACUUGAGGAUAUGACAUCUUGCAUUAUGCACACAAGUGUGAAGAAAGGACAGAAACUUUUAAAGAGUGCAGGUGUUACCAUUGAAAACAUAGGUGAGGAUCAGAUCAUUUUAAUGAAGCAAAAGUGCAGACAGUACCAACGCAUAGCUAGACGUGCCUCGAGCUUAGACGAUAACGACUCGUUCAACCAUGACUUAGUUCAGGAUAAACCAUUUAAGGGUGAUUUUGAGACUGGGGCUCCAAGUGGAGCAGGAAGUCACUUUGCCAUUUAUCCAGGAACUAAGUGGUGUGGAUACGAGAACGUAGCAGAAAAUAUGCAAGACUUAGGUGUUCAUAAUGAAACUGAUGCCUGUUGUAGGACCCAUGAUCAUUGCCCAUACUACAUUGACAGAUUCCAGACCAAGUACCAUUACUUUAACCAUGAUCCAUGGACAUUGAGUCACUGUGAUUGUGACCAACAUCUUUAUGAUUGUUUGAAGAAAGUGGAAACUCCAACCUCUGAUGAAGUAGGUAAACUGUUCUUCGGAUUGCUAGAUGUACAGUGUUUUAAAUUCAAGACGGGAGAAUAUUGUCCCAAUGAGUCAUCAAUCUUGUCACAUCUCUGGUGCGGGAAGAAGAACAAGGGAGUCAUGGCGGUUAUGCAAGAAUUCCCGCAUAAAUGGAAUGAGGAUGAGUCUUCAUCGGAUAUCGUUGGUUAAUGAAAUAAUUGUAAAGGUACACAGUUCUCAAUAAAAUGAUACAUAGACAGUU